AUGUUCUCAAUCAGAAUUUUUACUAUCGAUUUCUAUAUGAGUAGACCGGUGCCUAAGCUGGAUGUUUGUUAUUCACCAUUUCGUAAGACAUCGGUCAAGCGUGUACCUAUUUUGCGAGUAUUCGGUCCAACACCAGCUGGUCAAAAAGCAUGUUUACACAUUCAUGGUGUUUUCCCUUACUUAUACGUUCCUUAUGAUGGCUCACAACCUGUUGAUAAGUACUUAGAAGAAUUUGCUCUUAGUAUUGAUAAAGCAAUUAACGCCUCAAUGAGUGAGUCUAAUGCAGCUUCCAGUAAUUCGUGGCAUCAGCAAACGGUCUUUAAAAUAUCGCUUGUUAAUGGAGUGCCAAUGUAUGGUUAUAAUCCAAGCCCUAGGCCCUUUUUAAAAAUUUACAUUUAUAACCCUAACCUGGUGGGCAAAAUUGCAGAUUUGCUCUUAACUGGAGCUGUCAUGAAUAAAGUCUUUCAACCUCAUGAAGCUCACCUGCCAUUUACAUUACAGUUUUUCAUCGAUUACAACCUCUAUGGAAUGAAUUGGAUUAAGUUAAAUGCCGUAAAAUUCAGGAUAACGGAUGAUAUACAAGAUCAGGUUGGUAUUAACCCUGGAAUUCAAGCCUUGUGGGAUGAUGAACGACAACGACGACAUGAUAGAAAUGAGUCUUCUCAGUUAAUAAAAAAUCCUUCCCAAGGUUAA